AUGGUUUCGAAAUCUCAAAGUAAGGAGGCUCAAGCUUCAAAAGGUCAAGGCAAGGACAUUGCAGUUUCAAAGGCACAAAUGGGUGAAUCCAAAUCUGUUCCAAGCAAUCCCACAAAGAAGAUGAGAUUUACUUCAUCCUCCGAGAAAGACCCAAGCUCUACCACAUUUGAUGAAGUGAUGAAAUCGACUCACAAUAUCAACACAAUGAGUCAUGUUGUGAAGAGGAAAAUCCAGAAGAUUAAGCAUGUGGUUGAGUACAAUAAAAGUGGCAAACCACAUGGCAAGGCUGCAAUUGAGACGCAGAGUUACAUUGGUGUUUUGGCACGCACCAGAGUCCCUCUUGUGGACAAGAAAUGGACUCAAUUGCCCAAGGACCUGAAGGAGCAUAUUUGGGAAGCUGUUAAAAUGGCUUAUGUUGUUGGGGAAGGGGGCAAGAAGAUGGUGUUGUUGUCUGCUGCCAAAAAAUGGAAGGAUUUUAAGUCUACCUUAACUAGGUUAUCCCCAGAUUUUGAGGCUGUGCAUUCUGAGCAGUCACAAAGAAGGGAGAAAUGUGAGUACAACCAUAGGUUAUCUCGAAAAGGGUACGUUGGUUUGGAAGAAGAAUUGGAAGAAACCAUGCCAGAUGAAGAAAUCAAUCGAUCUCUACUAUGGAAGAAGGCAAAAGAAGAUAAACAGGGAAACAUCCCUGAUCCAAAGGUUGUAGAGAAGGCAAAAUUAAUCGAUGAUUUGAAAAAACAAGUCUCCGAGGACACUUUGACUGUCUCUAGCAGCAACGAUGUUUUGACCUUGGCUUUAGGAACCCCUGAGCAUGGUGGGAGAGUAAGAGGUGUUGGAGCUGGGGUUUCCCCAACUCAAUUCUUCAAUUUGCCGAGACAGCAGAGAGUAAAAUUUGCUGACAAAUUGAAGGAAAGUGUUAUGGAAGCAAUGAGAGAGGAAACCAAAAAGAUGGAGGCCAGGGCAAAGGAAAGUGUUAUGGAGGCAGUCAGAGCAGAGUGGGAAAUUUUGUUGAAACAAUUCAGUCAACUAAUUCCCAACUUUGAUCCCAACUUGCUCGGUAAAACUCCAACUACACCAAUUACUCCAAUUCCUCAAAUUCCUCAAGAGCAAAGCCCAAAAAAUCCAACGUCUAACAAAGCAAGCUGCUCUAUUGUGAGAGUCCUUCAAUUGGAUGAAGUCAAUCCCCCGAAUGAUGCUAAUGUUGAUGCUCCUGAAAACUGUCAAGAUGAAACAGAUCUCUCAAAGCUUGACAUGCCAGCUCCUCUGUUAGCCCUAUGCCAAUAUGUCGAGACCAAGUUGAAGCCUUCUAACGAGACCAUUAGAAUUCAUAUGCCAAAGGAAAGGUUUGGUACUGAUCAUGAUACCUGGCUCUCGAGUGAAGACAUUUUACAGUUUGCUUCCAUGGUUGAGAUUGGAUCCACAGUGAUUGCAUUAUACAUGAGCUCUCAAUCUGGAACAUUAUCUCACCGUUCAAAACAUCUCUCAAAACUCCUGAAAAACGCAGAUGGGGAUCAAUUUUACGUGGUGCCUUAUAAUCCAAGGGGUCUUUGGGUGUUAAUAAUUGUGAGACCAGCUAAAGAGACUGUCUAUUACAUGGAUUCAUUGCCAAACCGCUCUAUUGACGAGGACAUGAGAAAUAUAGUGAAUACAUAA